UCCAUCAUUCUUGUUAAAUAUUCCAAAUUAUUGAAACAUUUUUAGAUAUAUAAUAACAAAAUGGUCUACCCAGUUCGAUUGAAAAUGUAUUGACCGAACAUUUCCAAAAGUGCUCUAUGGCACUGGAUUGUUUAAAUUUCGCUAAGCGAUCGAUUGUAAGUACGGUGUAAGUGUAGAUUUCCGAGUUGACAUUUUCGUCUAUCAACAAUCUGCAUAAAUUUUGUUUCUUCACAACAAAAUUACAAUGGAUUCUGAAGAUACAGAAAAUGAUGUCAUCGAAAUAGUUCCACUUGACGAAUAUCAGUUCAGUCGGGCAAAACUAAAAUCAUCGUUGGCUUGGAUCCUACAGAAAGCAUACAGAGAAAUCGUUCCGCCUGAAUUUAAAGAUCCUUUCUAUGAAAAUUCAGAUGGCGGAUUCCAGGUGAAGCCACAGCUCAUCAACAGCCUGGUGUCCAGCGAUGUGUACUGUCAGGCGUGCGCCAGCAUGUUCUCCGAGACCUCACAGCAGUGGCAGGGUCACUGUAGCAUCAUCCAGGUGUUGUCUCGGAAAGGUAUCUACGUCAUGGAGAAAGACGAAUCCGCUGUUACUGAGACCAUCCUCAUGCAGACCGCUCCAUUCAGAGUUAACGCCCACCUUGCCCUGAUUGACUCUCUGAUGUUGGCGUACGCUAGUGAGAUCGUGUCCGUGGAGCGAGCAGUUCAUGCUGUCAGACGAAUUACAACAUUUAAUGCAUCCAGUGAGCUUCCGUCUAGCACAGAGGAUGCGAUAGUUUUCUGGUUGAACAAAGUUUGUGUGGCUGCCCAGGCACGGGAGAAGAAAUCACAGCAGAUUGAAAGUGUGAGUCCGUCAGAUGCCAGAACUGUUCCAGUGAUGACAGACAUGCUAAAGGACAUCGGAGACGGAUGUUCUGUGGCUCUUGUCUGCAGUUUCUACUGUCCGCAGUCACUCAACCAACAGGAUAUAUGUCUGAAGAAAGACCUGGGCAUUGCCGACUGUCUGUACAACCUGCGUCUGAUUAAGAUGUUCUGUGAGAAGCACCUGCCCACCAACUUCUUUCACUUCACGUACGAAGACCUGCUGUACUCGCGUGUCGCAGUGCGGGAAAACCUGCUAGCUUUCCUCGCCGAGCUCUUCUUCUGGUUCGAGAUACAGAGACUCACUGAGACCGGCAGUCUCUUGAAUGGACAAGACACUGAAGCAAUACGACCUGGUUCUGGCAAGCCUGGUGUCACAAAACAUCAAGUUCCAAUCAGCAACGCAACCAAACGCAGCUUUCACAAAACCAACGAUUCCAGAUUUCCCAAUACCCCAGAUCUGAACAAAUCAAAUUCCACACCGCAUAUAUCACAAAACCGGCAGGUCUUGCUGCAGAAACGUCAAAAUGGCUCACCUCUAGACAACCGAAUGGAUGGAGAGGCACAGCAAAGAACUGAUACGUCGCAGUAUGCACGACGUGCCCACUCGGUGAGUCCACCACAAGACGGGAACAUCAUCAAACAGUCUGUUCUAGCCUGGCAGGAACAAGAGGAACAUCAACAGAGGCGGAGCAGUGUUCUGACAGGCCCGAGUGAGGCCGGUGAGGCCAGUGUUCUGUUAGCGAACGUCAGCAUCGACUCUGAGCUGUGUCAAAGUUUCGCCGCCGAUGAGCUCAACUUUGCUGAACUCGACACCCCGCGCACGCCACUACCAACGCUGCCGAACAUCCGCCAAACCGACGGCAUGAAACUGGAGAGUGUCACCCCCGGUGACCAGUCUCGGCAGUCGAACCUCAGCGAUCAGAGCGAAAGACUCGAGCCGCUGAUGCCGGCCGUUCUGAAGCCGGCAAAAGAGAAACAUUUAAACCACACAAAGGCGCAGGAAAGGGACGAGAUGCCACGAAAGCGGGUGAUGUCUCCCACGAAGCCGCGAAAAUCCCGCAGUCCGCCCGUCACGGCGUCGCAGCCAUCGGAGGCAUUUUCAUCUCUUCCCCAAGGGGACAUAACUGUGGAAGCGACAGUGUCCCUGAAUGUGAACUCGUCGCAGCUGACCAAUAGCUCAUCCGACGAACCGGUCAUUGUGACUCCGCUGCCCCCUGACCAGUUGACGCCACGGUUAAUUGAGAGUAAAAACACGGAUCAGAAUGAUGUCGGAGGUCGAGGUCAAGGUCAGGGUGAGGAACAGUUCCAGGGUAGAGGCUACGAAGCAUUUUACAUCAAUCCUGAUGUGUCUGUUGAAGUUUCGCUCCCGUCUCUGCCACUGCAGACCAUCGACAAUGAAGUGGCUUCAAGCUACACCAUCGUCGACCAGGUGUACACGUUAGAAAGCGCACGGGCUGCUGGGAUACCUGUGGUGACGAAGAGCAAUGAGACGUCGCCGCUGAGACGCGCGACGUCACGUGACGACAGCAUGACCAGCAGCCGGAGCUCGGGAGAUUUCUCAGACCAUGAGUCGCACAAGAUUCACUACGAUCACAAAACUAGAGAAACGACGGCUGCUGCUGCUAAGAUAUCACCCAGGGCAGUUCUACCUCCUCCUGUGGUGGAGGCGAGAAAACCCACACCUGUGAUAUCCGAAACACCAAAGAUUCUGGAUCCGGCGACCGAGAAGGCUCGGGCUCUGGCGACAAAUUUUGCCAAAAUCAAACACUUUAAAGACACAUAUGGAAAUGUUGAUGGUUCGGGAUUGAUUUACAUGCAGCAAGGGCAGGACCAGCAGGGAAACGGGCAGAUGCCGCUGAAAUCGGCGUUCCUGAGAAAGCAAGCCGAUGCCGGGAAGAAGACAUCGUUUGCGAUGCUGCCAAAUGAAACAACGUGGCCGAUGACGGCAAGGCAGGCAUCACAGGACGCAGGGAACGAAAUUAAUCAGGAUGCGGACCAGCCCCUGACCGCGUUGAGGAUGAGACUGGACGAAAAACGGAAGGAAAUCGAGCGACGGAAACACCGGAUGGAGAUGCAGCAGAACAAGAUGCUGCAGCGACUCGGGAAGGCAGCGUUCAUCCGAGUUGUGUCGCGUCACGGGGACGACGCCAAGGACCGGUCCAGCCCAACACCUGAGUUGUCGUCUUCUUCGGCCGCGGGACUGGAUGAUCGGUUGGGUCAGUUGUCGCUAGACGGCCAGCGGCUGAGAUCGCUGUCGGAAUCGCCCACUCCCCACAAGUCGCGGCCGUUCUCGCGAGAGGGAAUACAAGAGACGAUCGACAACGUAAGGAAGAGAUGGUUCAAGGACGACGACCUUCUGGGCGGAGUGGCCCGACCUGCGGAUAUAAGCGAAAAUGCCGAGGAGAGUGUCGAACCGCCGUUUGUCGGGAAAGAUCCCGCGGCCGUCCGGUCUCAGGUGGAUGUUGUUGCCACCGGCGACGUCCCCCGAGCCUCGUCCACCAGCCCCUACCCUCAGCCAAUGUCGGACAGUGCCGGCAGUCUGCCCACGUCCGAGAACGGGGCGUCAUUUGAAGCUUACGACUCGUCUCUCGAUAAACUGAACCAGAGCCUGUCGGAGCUGCAGGGUGAGAUCUCGCGUCUGUCCUUGCAGCAGGAGCAGAUCCUCAACAUGCAGUCGCCACAAGGAGCAGCGCCGGUCGAUCCGCGGCUUCAUCCAAUUGCUAAGCAACAGCCACCUCUUGCCGGUUACCCAGUCCCUCACCAGAUAGCGCUGCCCCCUGGGGUUCAUAUGGGGCAAGGAGGAGGACGUCAUAGCCCCGUUGUCGUGCAGGGGCAAGGUCACCAGGAUCCAAGACUCCCACCAAAAGUACCAGUGAAUCGAUCGUCGCCAGAGGUGUUCAAGCAGAUGCCUCCAACUUCUCAAACUCUGCCGCAGGCGCGGUUUGCCGACACUUACUCUGUGAAUAAUGUGCCGUCUGCUAACCAACAGCAGACACAGUUUGCUGACACUUACUCUGUGAAUAAUGUGCCAUCUGCUAACCAACAGCAGACGCGGUUUGCCGACACUUACUCUGUGAAUAAUGUGCCGUCUGCUCCAGGAAGUCAUGUGACUGGUGGCCACGAGGGUGCCGAUGGGAUGUCGUGUUCGGGUGAUCAGGGACACCCUGGUGCUCCGAUGGACGUAUCGUCAGAAAACGGAGCUGGGGAUGACGGCGCGAGUUCUCACACGAGUAGUGGGGGUAACGAAGGAUUCUUUGUGUCGUUUGGAGAUGAUUCGAGCACGCCGAAACGUUCCAAACCCGUCUUGAGUAAAGACAGAGUGAAGAAGACGAAUGCCGUUGCUCAGGCGAACAAUUCCAACGUUUCAACUCCACCAGUGGAAAAUCAGUUAGCAACCAUGCGUGGGUCCCCGAUAGACGUACAAGGGACCCCAACCAUCUCUGUGUACAAGUCGCCAAGGGCAACCAAUGACGACUCUCAGAAUUCGUCAGAUGUAGGAUACAUUCUAGAUGUUUCAGAAGCAAGUCCUCAUAAGGUCACUGAACAGGAGAUGCUUUCUAAGAAGGACAAAUUUGUCGAGAAACAGUUGAGACGGAAAGAAGAACAGGAAAGACGUAGACUGGAAAAAGAGAACGAGUUAAUGGAACAGAGAGAAAGACAGAGGUUAAAACAAGAAGACCAGGAGCAGAAGAAAGCGGAGGAGAAAGCCCGCAGGAAGCAGAUCUACGAACAAUACCUUCAGAAGAAACAGCAGAAGGAGGUGAUGGAGAAUGGCGGUGACCGCCCGAUAGAGCCGACUCGGGUAUCGGAGCGAUCGGCCAAGUCAAAAGCACGGCCCAAGUCGAUGUACGUCAGGGCUCCCCCAUCUGACCAGGAAGACGCCAGCUCCGUUAGUUCCCAAGACGACUCGUCAAUGCGAGGACUUGGUAUGAAAUCGCGGACUUUUGGUUCAUCCCCCUCCUCUCACUAUCGUAUUGGUUCGACUCGGGGCAAUAUGAGAAAAGCAGUUUCAUGCCAAAUGCUAACGCAGAAUGGCCAGCCAGGUGGAGCCACCUACAGACGACCACCAUCUCCAGGUGGAGCCACCUACAGACGACCACCAACUCCAGAUUUGUACAGGUUAGGGAGACGCACACCUAGAAAUCUAGAUGGCUCUGAUACUGGUGACUAUUCAGGACCAAAGCUGUUUGUGAAGCCAAGCUCGAAGUCAAACCGUCACAUCAUACUUAACGCCAUUAGUCAUUGUUGUCUCGCCGGCAUUGUCAACACGGACCUCAAGAAUAAGGUUCUAGAGGAGCUGGCUAAGUCUGACGCGAAGCACUUUGUGAUUCUGUUCCGCGACGGCGGUUGUCAAUACCGGUCACUGUACUCGUACGCGCCGGAAACCGAGGACGUCACCAAGAUCUGCGGGGUCGGGCCGAAACAAAUCACAAAAACUAUGAUGCAUAGGUUUUAUAAAUACAACUCUGGAGCUAAAAGCUUUACAGAAGUGACAUCAACCAAGCAUUUAUCUGUUUCUAUUGACGCUGUGGUCCUUCAUAAUUCCUUGUGGAAGACUGGUAAACCCGCACCCACAUCAAAGAAAGUCUACUAGGUUCACAAUCUUCACAUCACCCUCAUCAAACAGAUCUUCUAGGAAUGUAUACGACUGUUUCUAGGAAUGCAUACGAUUGUUUCUAGAAUGUAUACGAUUGGUUCUAGGAAUGUGUACGAUUGUUUCUAGGAAUGUAUACAAUUGUUUCUAGAAAUGCGCACAACUGUUUCUAGGAAUGCGUACGAUUGUUUCUAGGAAUGCAUACGAUUGUUUCUAGAAUGUAUACGAUUGGUUCUAGGAAUGUGUACGAUUGUUUCUAGGAAUGUAUACAAUUGUUUCUAGAAAUGCGCACAACUGUUUCUAGGAAUGCGUACAACUGCUUCUAGUAAUAUUUACGACUUUCUAGGAAUGUAAUAGAUUGUUUCUAGGAAUGUAUAUGACUGUUUCUAGGAAUGUUUACAUCUGUUGAUCUCAUUCAGCCCAUCAUCAUAAGCCGGCAUGCGUGGAGAUACUGAAAUAUUGGCGAUAUUUACUAAAGAUAUUUAUUGUUUUUUAAAAUGAAAACUUGCUGUUUACUAAUUUGAACAGCAACAAAAACUGUUUACCUCUUUGUUCCUGUUCAGAAUUAAAGAAGGAAUUAAGGAGUUUUACAUUAAGAAGAAAAAAACUUACAAUUUUCACUGUAGGUUUUUUUCAGAGUUGAAAUGUAACAAAUGUAUACCUCUUAGAUAUGGGGGGGGGGGGUGUUCCAUUUUUUUUUUUUUUUUGAGAAAAAUAAAGGGCUCAUUUUAAAGAAAAUAUUAUGUUUCUGGGUUGUUAUACAAUAUUUAUAAAACCAAACAAACAAACCAUUUUCAAAAACGAAACUUUCUGGCAAAUGAAGGAAAGUUGCUCAUAAAUAUACUUAACUUCAUUAAAUUAUUAACGAUAGAUACUAGAACAAUUCUCAUUAAAAUAUGUAAAUUUAUUACAAUAGGUGUCUGCUACUAUGUAGAUUGCUCAUUAACAUAUAAUAUGUAAAUUUAUUAUAACAUAUACCUGCUAUUCAGUGAAUGUAAUGUCAUGCCUAUGUUGCCUAAAAUGUAUCGCAGUUGGUAUCCUAAAGGUCAGUGUAUACAAUAUUACAUUAUAUUGGAGGAUGGUACAACACUAGUAGCCUUAAGCCGAAAACAUGUCAAAGCUGGGUCUGGGCCUGGGUCUGGUGAGUGUGGCAAAUACGCCAUGUCUCGUGUACUUUGACGUCGGUGUGUGUAACUGUAACGUGUUACCAGUAUAUAUUGACUGCAACCAUAUGUCUGACGCCAUAUAACCGUAAAUAAAAUGUGUUGAGUGUGUUGUUACAUAAAACAUUUCUUUCUUUCUUUCUAUUUUGACUGCAUUGAUAUCUUUAGAUAAAUUUGCUUCUAUAAACACCAGCAAUAAGUAUGAGAAAUCCACGUUGGUUAAUAUAUAUCUUUCAUUGUUGGUUAUUAAGAAAAAUGAAAGAGUAAGGUUCGAAUAUUGUGCAGCUGCCAGUCUGGCAGUGUGAAAAUAUAGCGCAUGUUCUAUGUCGUCUGUUGUCAGAUCUGUAGUUUGCAGCAGCACGGAUGCGGUGUGUCACAUUCAGUGCAGUGUGUUUUAUUUUUGACUGGUACCAUACUCCCCAGACCCAGACCCAAGACCCCAACCCAGAUUCUGGUGUGUUUCGGGUCUUGGACAGUCGACUGCUUCAUGGACGUAAUUCUCAAAAUUCAGAUCAUCAUGUGACAGCAAUCUAGGAAAGAUAAUAAUAAAAUAAAUACACAAUAAUGAUAAAAUGCUUAAUUUCAGAUCAAUUUUACAACAGCUUUAUGUGAGGGAACUACUGAUUCACAAAAUUCGAGGGCUGUCUACAUUGUUGAGCAUCUUUGGCUGUGUAUAUGUAAACGAGUUUUAUAUAGCAAUGAAUUCCUUUUUUAAUGCUGUAGACUAUGUACAACUUUCUGCCAGAAAAUAAUUUGAGGGUAUAUAAUAAAAACAGGACACAUUAUAACUGCCCCUAUUAAUGUGGUUAUGGGUCUGAAAUAUUUUGAAAUUGGACUGUACAUUUAUAUACUUCGACAUAUUUUAAACAGCAAUUCUCUUACUAUAAUCUAUAUAAAAUUAUAAAAAAUGUAUCCAUUAAUUUCCCAGAUUUUAGGGUAUGUAAUUUUACCAUGCAUACCCGCUGGUUGAAAUUUCUGAAGUUUAAUAUUUGAUAGUCCAUGUAGAUUCCCCUCCCUGUCCCUCUUAUCUCUGUCUGUCUGUCUCUCUGUCUGUCUCUCUGUCUCUCUCUCUCUCUCUCUCUCUCUCUCUCUCUCUCAAAACAGUGUCGAAACAUAACUAUAGACGUCAAAUAGCCAUAGAUUAAAAUGUACUGAGAUGUCAUUAAAUAUUCCUUUCUUUUGAUAGUCAUUUAAUAAAUAGUAUAAACUAACCUUCCUUUCCUCUCCUUCAUCUUUGGUCCAUGUUAUCUUACCGGGUUUCUUCUCUAGGCAAACCCAAACUGUUUUGUUGUUAUGGCAGGGUUACAUCUAGUCUCCACUGACGGUGGUAAGAUUUUUAGAGAUCAACACAACAGUUGUUACGGUUUGACGCGAGCAAUUGCUCCCACUCGCGUGUGCUUGUGCAAAAUGAUUUUUACGUGAGCGAAAAACUGCUCACCUCAUGACACGCUGAUAUCACUCAUUUAUUUUACUCGUAAUUUCUGUGAAUGACUCAGAGAAUUGCUCUUCUACAUACUUUCACGAGAGCUGUUCAUUGCUCACGAAUCGGGAAACAUUUUGUUGAUUUGCGAUAUUUCUAUUCAAUUGAAAAUUGAUUAGCAACUACUGUUUAAUGUUUCAAAAUUGUGUAGCGAUCUCUGAAACUUGCGUAGCGAAUCGCGACACAAUACUGAACAAAAUGUUCCCUGUUCAUCACACGCUGAUAUCGCUCAUUUAUUUUACUAAAAAAUUAUUGUGAAUUUGACACUUGAGAGUAAUUGCUCUCAUACAUAAUUUCAGGAGAGCUUAUUGCUCACCAGUCAUUUUCAAGCCAUCGGAACCGAGUACAGCGUUCUGUAAAAUUUAGACAUGCUAUAAAUAGUUCUAAUAUAUGCAAAAACCACAGAUUCAUUGGUCUCCACAGAUUUGUCAUGUUGUGUUGUAUCAUAUUGAAAAAUCUCAGAAUGUUAUUUUGUAUGUUUUUUGUCUAGCUGAUAUUGGCAUACUAAUUAAUAUAGCAUUGACGUAUUGACAUUCGGAUGUAAUCUUUACUAUGAAAGUCCUCUAUUUGUAAACAGUUUUAGAAAGUGCUAGAACAUGUGUAAUCUCAAUUAAAUGUGCUCUCGUUAUCUGCAAGUUCAUUAGCUUGUUAAUCUUAUAGCAUAUAAUUCUGGAUUUUAGAAAUUAUAUUAAUGGCUUACAACGCUCGCGGCUGAAUUAUACUUCAUGUUAUUGGAACGUGGUUUUUGUUUUGUCUUUAUUACUGAGGAUUUUUUUUUUUUGCAUAUCAUACUGAUUCAUUUGGUCUCUGAGAAUUAAAAAUCUGCGUGACCCAUUUAUCGGUUACGCAGAAAUAAAUCCAUGUAACCCAUUUUCUUAUUGCGUAACCCAUUAUAUCCAUGUAAAUGGUGUGCGAAAUUUUGCGAGUACAAAAAAAAAAAAUGGUUGUGCAAAUUUAAAUUUAUUCGAGCAACGCACAAAAGAAAUGACCGUUCUUGCAAUUUUUAGAGACUUGUAAGUGAUAUAUAAAUUAUUACUGUGUAACUAUGUAAUUAGAUAUUUGUUCUUUCUUAUAAACAGCAGUUUAGUGCUACAUGUAUAUCAUCUUGUUAAAUUUUAUACAGCUGUAAUCAAGGUUUAUUUGUUUAGAACUUCAAGCUAUAUAAUAUUUUUAUAAAAAUAAUUAAAUAAUUAAAACUAUUUAUUUGUUCAUUGUGAGUUGCCACAAUUUUGUUUUUUUUCAAUUGACAGACAUAUUGUUUUUGCUUACAAGUUAAUGUGUGUUAUUCUGUUAUAUAAUUAUAUUUUGACUACAUUAUAAGAAUCUUAUUUAAUUUAAAAAAUGAUUCACUUGUACUUAAAGGAACAGUUUUUAAACAUUAAUGCAUAUUU